AUGUCCGUUGCUCGAAUCGCCACAAUCCUCGGGCAGCUCGCUCAAGACGCGGGCUGUUUCAAGGAAGCCAUGCAACUAUUCACAGAAUCAGUCAGUCCUCUUUCGACCGGCCAAUGCCUCGGAUUAGCUACAGUCCGCUGCAAAAUUGCGUCCCUCCAUUUUCAAGGGAUCAGGUCCUCGAUGAAAUUCUCUCCAGCUACUAUUUCUGAAGCCGUCUCCGAAGCUACUACCACGUUAAGCAUGCAAUUGAAAGGGAGUACCCAGGACUUGGAUGAGUUGCUAGUCGAGGCGGGGAAGCUCAAAAAAUUUGCGAUGGCUUGGUUCGGCGAGUUAGUAUCAAAAAACCAAGAGUCUCAUGCUCAAAGCGAGGUGUUCCCGCGCAUCUACGAGUAUAUGAAUGCUUUUAUUCGAUUUUUGCGGCGCUACGUUGGACGCCGACCUGCCGAUGACGAGCGGGCCGAUCAAGUUACAUUUCAAAAACGCAUCGAUGCAGCACAGACUAUUAUCAUCGCCGCCGUGGAUUCGACUGUUGCCGUUGGAAAACUCUCUGUCAUGUCGCAACGACCGCCCUGGGAGGAGAUAGUGUCAACCUUGAUUGAUUGCCAACGUCUUCUUGCGACAAUCGAAUCCACAGAUUCUGACGCUGAGAGUGGGGCAAUCACCGGCAUGGCGCUUGUCAAGCUGUCCAACCUUUUCUGGUCCCGAUAUAUCAAAGAAAAGGAGGCCGGCAAAGGGGCCCGCGAACUUGUGCCGCUACUGAAGCAAUCUGCGAAUCUUCUCUCUGGCUGUUCAUCCUCUCAGCGGUUAACGGGCUUCGCUCCUCUCAAAUUCGAACGACUCGCCCAUACAUAUGUAGAGGGCAAUGUGAUCUCGGAGGCUGAAGUGGCCUUCUGUCAGUCCAUCAGCGAGCAUAUCGCAUCCGGUGCACUCGAGAAAAUCACUUCCAACACAGAGGGUCUUUUCCCUCAUCAGCUCUCCCAGGAUCCGAAGAGCCCUACCUUUACGUUGGGGCGUGUUUUGCUGGCGUACCUCAAAGUCAAGUUGCGAAAUAAGAGAUCUGAUGUCCGCGAGAUCUUCGACGAUGAGACGCUUCCGUCCACCCAACGAGGCCACAUUCUCGAAUGGCAACUUGGUAUCUUGACCGAAAUAUACAGCGCCGCCUGUAAUGACGAUUUACUUCGAUCUGUCUUCUCGGAGAUUGUGUCUAGGCUUUUUGAUGUUUACUCGUCCCAGCAUCCGAUCCGCCGUUUACGUGUUGUCCUUCUGGGGCUACGUUUUGCCUUGGAGCAGCCAGGGUCGUUAGACGCAUCAGUUCUGCAACAAAUCGUCGAUGAAGGAGCGGAUGCUAUUGAGAGCGACAAAGGACACGGGAGGGACUCCGACAUGGCGAACAUGGCGAUCUACCUGCGUAACUCGGUUCGCCUGACGCUUGGUCUGCAACAAGGCAGCCUGACCGCAGAUGAGCUGAAUCUCAUUAUCUCUACAUGGAGCUCGAUGCUGAAGAGUUUCAGCGACUUGAAAUCUCUUCUCUCAUGUGUUGGCGAUAUCGAGUACUACCUUCUGCAGAUGAAAGCCGUGGUUGACUACACCGAAAUUCACGGGCUAUGGAAAUUUCAGCUCUCUAUACUUGAGUUGGUACUACGUGUCACCGAGCUGCAAGGCUCCGGAACGUUUUCGGAGGCUAUUGUCGUUCUCUCGAGGCUCGUCCUUCAGUAUACUCGCAUUGGAUACUGCAACAAAGCCCGUUCGCUUCUUAGCCAGGCGGAUGACUACAUCACCCGCCAAGGAGUUUCCUCACUGGCGAGGUUAUCCUACGAGCUGGCUCAUGUAGGAUUCCUCCUUGAAACCGGUGACAUUCAGAAGGCGGCAACUGUUCUUUCCGCCGCUCGCAUGCUUUAUGAAAAGAGCCGGUCAACCGAGGAUCUGAGCGCGUGCUCAGUCCUGGCCAAGAUCUCCUGGGAGAGGCUAGUCGCUGAUGCAGCUUUUAUGAGUUCUCGAUUGGCAUUCGCGCAGGGCUCGAUUAAGGAUGCUCUCUACUUUGCUAAACUGUCUGUUCGACUGAAUUGUCGCAUAUGGGCCAAAGUUGAGAAACUUGCGCAAAAGAAGCAGGAGAAGGCUAUUGCCAACGAUAGUUCCGAGCUUGAGAUUGUCGUGGAGGGAUUAGCCAAGCUUGACGUAUCGCGACCUUCCUCGACUUACUCCCAAGGAGCGCCAUUCUGGCCACAUAUCGGAUCGCAUCAUAGCUCCUUGCUGAACCUCGCAAGCCUCUCGGCCCACCACGGUCUAUUCCAAGAUGCCAUCUACUAUGGCGAGCAAGCACUGAAAAUCAACAAGUCGCUCAAUGCUAAUGUUCGCUUGAUUGCCUCACAAGCACAGCUCGGGGCUCACUGGAUCCUUGGCGGGCAUGUUACCGAAGGCCAAGAGAUUCUCAUUUCAGCAAAGGAGCUGUCCACGCAGAUGGAGAGCAGCAUUGAGCUUGUUUCACUUCACAUGAGCCUGGCCGCCCUUCAUAGGGCGGAGGGGGAUUAUCAUGGCGAGUUUCGAUCUCUUCGUGAAGCCGAGAAGUUGGUUGGUGGCUUUCUCCAGCUCGGAGCUGCCGAGGGGUCAGUGACCAUGCCCGAGUUGGAGGAGAAGAUGGGAACUUUGCGAAUUCGACCAACGAGCAGAUCAACGAGACAACCGGUCGCAUCGACAACGAGAAGAACUCGCAGCGGUACUACGGUAUCUGGACGGAACACACCGGCAACCACAUCUGGAAGAAGUACGCCAAAGGCGCCUGUUACCGGCGCGGAGCUGAAGAGCCUUGAUUCCAACACUGUGUUCCACGUUAAGAGCGAAAUCCUUCGGCAGCAAGCCGCGUCUUUGCGCGCUCAGCAAGAGUUCGAAAAAGCCUCUGGGCUGCUGACAGAUGCUCGCAAGUUUGCUGUUACUAGGGACAGCAAGAUCUCACUUCAUAUCGGAGAGAGCGAGCAUCUCCUCGCGGACGCGAUUCGAAAUUUUGCAACACAUGCGGUCUACUGCGUCCUUCCCGAGUCGACCAUCUCUCUGCCAUCGUUCGAACUUUCCACCAGGGCACCACCCGAACUCACUACCGGCAAAUCGUCUACACGUAAAGCUCGAGCUCCAACUCGGGGUACGCGAUCCAAGGGCCAGUCCGCGUCAGAGGACUUUUCUCUCAUGCUAGCUAAGGCCGGAGAGUCACUCAACGACAUUUUCGACCCUGCGACGCGACUUGGCUCCACACUGGAUAGUCACUCUGCAUCUCGCUUGAUGAGUCGGAUAUCCAUGUUGUCGCAUGUUACCGCCUCUACAUGUCAAAAUCCCCUACAGUCGCCAGCCACCAUGAACGAAAUUGGUCGCAUUGGCGCUUUCGCUCGAGAGCGUUCAGCAAUUGCGAUUGACAAGCAAUUGGCCGAUUACUGUGACCCACUCAACUGGCCAACGUCAGAUCUGAUGGGAUCAGAGGAUGUGGUCUCUGACUUUACGGAAGAGUAUGUCGACAUCCUUCCGGACAACUGGAAUGUCCUUUCGCUGUCUCUGAGUGCGGACCAAACCGAGUUUGUUGUGUCGCGGUUACAUCGAGGAAGGUCUCCGUUCUUGUUACAUCUUCCACUCAGACGAGGCAACUCGGAGGAUGACGAGGAGGAGCAGUUUACAUUUGAGGAUGGACGGAAUGAGAUGAAAGAGCUGAUUCGUCUUGCGAAUGAGAGUGCCCACGCGGCGAAAUUGCAAGUUGAUAGGCAGAUGAAGAAGGACUGGUGGAAGAACCGAGAGGCUCUUGACCGCAGGAUGGAGAACCUUCUUCAGAAUAUUGAGAACGUCUGGUUUGGAGGAUUUAGGGGAAUAUUUUCUCCAAUCCCACCGGAAUCUAGAGGUCUGGCGCGUUUUUCAACAGCCUUCCACAACAUCCUUGACAAGCAUCUGCCUUCACGGCAGAAGGGGGCCCGGGCGGAGGGACCGAAACUGACGCUGCAUCCGAACGUCUUGGAGUUGUUUGUUGGGGUCAAGGGGUUGGAGGAUGAGGAGGAUCCCGAGGAUACGCUGAUGGAUCUGCUUUACUUUGUUGUCGACAUUUUGCAGUUCCAAGGCGAGAGGAAUGCUUACGACGAGAUCGAUUUCGACAUGAUGGUUGUGGAGACGCUGGAUGCUGUGAGAGGUUAUCAUGACACGAUGAAGAACGAAGCCAGACAACGACCAAACAACACAGUCCUUGUCCUGGACAAGUCACUGCACCUGUUUCCGUGGGAGUCGCUCCCUUGCCUGCAAGGCCUGCCUGUCUGUCGCGUGCCGUCCCUGGAAUGCCUUCGUGAUCGAGUCCUCCAGUUCCGCAACUCUCAAGGGACCAGCCUAGGCGUCGACCGACGAAACGGGACUUAUAUCCUGAACCCUACCGGUGAUUUGCAGACAACACAGGCUACCUUUGAGAACGAUCUAUCUAGGCUUGACGGCUGGAGCGGAGUCGUCACUCGUCAGCCCACCGAAGACGAGUUCAAAGACGGCCUCGAGUCGAAGAGUCUCUUCCUCUACUUUGGACACGGCAGCGGCGCGCAAUACAUCCGCGGGCGGACAGUGAAGCGCCUCGACCGAUGCGCUGUCACAUUCCUCAUGGGCUGCAGCAGUGGAACGCUGACCGAAGCGGGCGAGUACGAACCAUACGGCACGCCCAUGAACUACCUACAAGCAGGGUCACCGGCAUUGGUCGCUACGCUGUGGGACGUGACGGAUAAAGACAUUGAUCGAUUUGCCAAGACAACAUUCGAGGAUUGGGGAUUAUUAGGUGCAUGCGGAGAAGCAGUUGGAGAAGAAAAGGUCGCUCUGGAUGCGGCGGUUGCGCGGUCGCGACAGGCGUGUGUGUUGAAGUAUUUGAACGGAGCGGCGCCCGUGGUGUAUGGAGUUCCUGGGGUGUUUCUGGAGUAG